AUGCCAGACAUUGCAAAUAGCGCAAGCACGCGCAUUGAGGAACAACAAGACCACAUUGGACUGUGCUGUGGACUCGAUGGCUGGCUCUGGCUCGCUCGCUCUACCCGUCAAAGCUUCAACGGGGCUAUCCUUGGAGCUGAUGGAGGUUGCCCGGGCCACGUCAAGCAGGCAACGUAUCGUAUCGUGCUGGACUCACACACUCCCCUCUGGUCUGUCUGGCUGCAGCAAGUCUUUCCAGAGAGUCGCGUCGAAGCAGUGGCCCGAUACGCCCGAAGUGCAGCAGACUUUUGCCAAAGCAUCACCCCCAUUGGAGGGGACAUGGGAUACGGCCACCCCGGUGGAUUGCAUGGGCCCUCCACCUCGAGUCUCAUGUAA